AUGUAUAACACACAUCGCGGGAUGGUUCCCGCUCCCAACUCCCGUUUGACGGAGUUGCUUGAUCAACUGCGCCAGGAAUUUGAGAAUCAAUCUAGGAGCACUGGCGAGUUUGAACAUCAAUUAACCGGACAGCUCCAAGAAAUGGAAAUGAUUCGGCAGAAGGUCUACCAGUUAGAGCAAGCACAAAUCAAAAUGAAGCAAGACUAUGAAGCGGAAAUCCGAGUGCUGCGUCAUGAGUUGGAGUCGCGCGGUGUUCAACCUGUCUCGUCCCAUAUUGCUGGCCCAGCGCAGCACGCUGGCCCUUCGCAAGCCCCCCCGCCCGCAUUGGGUCAUGGCCCUAGUAAUCUAUUCGGUGGGAUCAUGGCCAACCAAGGAGGUAGUGGUCCCGGUCUUGCCCCUCCCCCUCCCCAGGAUCAGCAGCCUCCCCAGCAUACCCUUCAACAGCCUGCUCCCGCGGCUCAGCAAGGAGCGCCGCAGCCACCGCAGAGCUCUUUUGGGGGAUAUCAGCCUGGUGCUGCUGUGAACGGUUACGCACCUCCGCCUCCACCCACCGCCUCUCCUGGACCUGGAAAGAGACCCCGUGCUCCUCCUGGACCAGCAACUCCCCAGCAAACCCACCAACUGGCCUACCCUGAUCCUCGUGUGUCGCCCCAGUUGGCCCGGCCCACCCCACCUAGCCAAGCCCUUGUCCGUGACCGCCCAGGUAACAUGUUGGCCAACUGGAAUCCAGAUGAUUUACCUGCCUCGCAAAAACGCGAGGGUGCUGAUUGGUACGCUGUAUUCAACCCAGAAGUACAGCGUGUGUUGGACGUCGAGCUGGUACAUCAUCUUGUUCAUGAUAGUGUGGUUUGCUGCGUACGUUUCAGCCGGGACGGCAAAUAUCUUGCAACCGGUUGCAAUCGUUCCGCGCAAAUUUUUGACGUCACGACCGGCCAGAAUGUGGCUACCCUUCAGGACGAGAACGUGGACAAAAACGGCGAUCUUUAUAUCCGCAGUGUUUGCUUCAGUCCCGAUGGCAAGUUCCUCGCAACCGGCGCCGAGGAUAAGCAAAUUCGUGUUUGGGACAUUGCCGCUCGCACUAUCAAGCAUAUCUUCACUGGCCAUGAGCAAGAUAUUUACUCUCUUGACUUUGCUGGCAAUGGCCGCUAUAUUGCUUCCGGAAGCGGAGACAAGACUGUACGCCUAUGGGAUAUUCUGGAUGGCAAGCUUGUCUACACUCUCAGCAUUGAAGAUGGUGUGACAACCGUUGCUAUGUCCCCCGAUGGUCACUACGUCGCAGCUGGCUCCUUGGACAAGAGCGUUCGCGUCUGGGAUACGACCACUGGCUAUUUAGUUGAACGGUUGGAAAGCCCUGAUGGACAUAAAGAUAGCGUUUACUCAGUUGCUUUUGCGCCAAACGGCCGGGAUCUAGUUAGUGGCAGUCUCGAUAAGACUAUCAAGCUCUGGGAGCUUAAUGUUCCCCGUGGUGCAUUCCCUGGGACUGGCGUCAAAGGUGGCAAAUGCAUUCGGACUUUCGAGGGCCACAAGGACUUCGUCCUCAGUGUUUGCCUGACUCCAGACGGACACUGGGUUAUGAGUGGUUCCAAGGAUCGGGGUGUCCAGUUCUGGGAUCCGAUCACGGGAAAUGCGCAGAUGAUGCUACAGGGCCACAAAAAUUCUGUGAUCUCGGUGGCUCCCAGCCCGACAAACAACUUGUUCGCCACUGGUAGUGGUGACAUGCGUGCAAGAAUCUGGAGGUAUGUGCUUAUUCCCUACGCUGCUGUCGUCUGA